AGAAUAGGCGGGGCGGAACGCGGAGGGGCCGGAAGUGGAUUUUUGUAACCCGGAAGGGGAAUCUUUCCCUGGCUUCGUAUUAAUGUUUUCAAGGCGCCGCCGCUUCUGGGCGUAGGGAAGCGUCUCGGGAGGAUGGUGUGCGAAAAAUGUGAAAAGAAACUUGGUACUGUUAUCACUCCAGAUACAUGGAAAGACGGUGCAAGGAAUACCACAGAAAGUGGUGGAAGAAAGCUGAAUGAAAAUAAAGCUUUGACCUCAAAAAAAGCGAGAUUUGAUCCAUAUGGAAAGAAUAAGUUCUCCACUUGCAGAAUUUGUAAAAGUUCUGUGCACCAACCAGGUUCUCAUUAUUGCCAGGGCUGUGCCUACAAAAAGGGCAUCUGUGCAAUGUGUGGAAAAAAGGUUUUGGAUACCAAAAACUACAAGCAAACGUCUGUCUAGAUGUAUUGAUGAAGUUUCUGGCUUUCUGUAUGAUUUUGCUUUCUGCUUUAAAUUCUCACAGCAUAUUAUAGAUGUUCAAGUUACAAAAUAACGUUUUAAGACAAUUAAGUUUAAACCAGGAAAGUUGACUGAUAUUCAUUCUUUUACUAUCAAGAAGUUCUGAAUAACAACAGUAAUUACUUUCCUGCUUCAUGUUAUUUUCCUUACGAGCAUCUUAUUGAUGUGGCAAAUUUAACAAAAAAGAAUAUUUUCUCAGUUCUGUAUGCACUUUUUAUUUAACAUUAUUCAUAUAAUUCUUAUUCUCUCUCUACUUUAUUUAUACGUAUUGCAAAAAUGAGAAGGAGAUUAUUGAUAUUUGCUCAGAACUUGGCAUCCAGACAUAAUUCCUCCUUUCUUCCCUUGUUGGUUGCAUAAUUCUUAAGGUCAGCAGUUCCUUUAUUAAUUGCAGCUUCACAAGGUAUUUAAAUAUCUGAGACCAUUAUUGUUGAAUGGUUCCUUAGUAAUUAACCAGGACCCAAAUCAAACACAAGUUGUAUUUAUGGUUUUUGAAAAUUUGUUCUCGAAGCCAAAGUGCUAAUACCUUUUAUAUGAGAACAAAGACACAAGGGACACCACAUAUAUGUCCAAAUAAACACAACACUGGAUUUCAGGAAAAGACAUGUUCCGUUACUUUGAGUUCACACCAUCAUGAAAGGAGAACAGUGUUUAUCCAUGUGUAAUGGAAACAAAUCACCACACUUUGGGAAAGCUCUUUGAAGCAGAAACCAAACUUCUUUUACCUCCUUUCUCCCCGCUACCUUCCUCCCCCUCAAAAAAAAAUAAAAUAAAAUAGAACAAAACAAGCA